AUGGACCGACAGGUUUAUACUGACGGGCCACCAUCGCCUCCAUCUUUUCUGGCUGAAUACAAGCCUUCAUGCCUUGGAGCAAUGAGAUGCGGAAUCGAAAAACAGAGCAAAUCAUUGCCUUCUUGCGGUGGACGAGCAUGGACUGAAGAAGAGGAUGCCUACCUUUACCGUGCCCGCAUGAUGAAGACUCCAUACAAACGUAUUGCAGCCCAUCUGUGUAAGACCGAACUAGCUUGUCGCUUGCACUAUCAUCAGAUGUCAUCUGGCAAUCUCCGAAGACGAAGUGCAAAGUCACGAUCUUCCUCACUCAGCCUGGAAUCAACUCAUUACCCCGUUGAGGACUCAAGGCGGGAAUAUUCUACCCCUUCACACACACGAACCCCAUCUCCACGCUACGAGCCAGUUCCCAGCUACUUCCCUCCGUCUUCCCCGGUUUUCUCUCAAGCAUCACAUCAGCGAUUGCCAUCGCUUUCGUAUCCGAUGGAGCUAUUACCAACGGGUCCAGGCCCCAACACACAACCCAUGGCCCAUGCUAGCACAGCACACGACAGGAACUCGUCCCCACCAAGCCAUCGAUUCCAUGUUAAUAUCGACACUCCCAGGCUGUCGAAUAUACAGUACACCCAUAGAUACUCUUUCCCUCCACUUUCGACCACCAACACUGCUGCCAAAUAUCCUUUCCAAGCCGCAUUAUCACAGCCUGCUAUAUCUGAUCCAUCUCACGAUAUAACUUUACCACCAAUCCGAUCGAUUCCCCUACCCACACCCAGCCCUAGCCCAGGACCAGGACCAGCCCCUUUAAUUCCCUCAAGGGGUCUCCUUAGAGAUGUUUAUCGUCGUGGGUCUCACCCGCUAGCAGAGCAAUGUACUAGCGAUCUCCGUCAUGCAGCCGACGAACCCCGACAGCCUCGAACCGCAGAACCUGGUGUUCGCCAAAUUACUCAAGGCGCCGUGCGAAAAUGUGCCGUCUCUUCGCUUUUGAAUGUUGAGAGAGAGGUGUGGGCUCCUCGAGGGAUUAAGAGCAGCCCCGUGAUGUGA